AUGAUUGGCCACCAGUUUGCGCCGUCCGUGGCACCGGUGCGUCCGGUGAAGGAGGUUCAGUUCGGAAUCCUGAGUCCGGAGGAGAUUGUGGUCGAGCACCCGGAGGUGAAGGACGAUGCGACGGGAAAGUACAAAGUCGGCGGACUUUCUGACCCCCGCCUCGGAACGAUUGACAGGAACUACAAGUGCCAGACUUGUGGUGAAGGCCAGGCCGAAUGCCCGGGACACUUUGGACACAUUGACCUUGCGCGGCCCGUGUUUCACGUCGGCUUCCUAGGCAAGGUGAAAAAGCUGCUGGAGUGCGUGUGUGUGCACUGCGGCAAGCUCAAGGCGGACCCGGUGUCGGACCCCGUCUUUAAGGGGAUCUUGCAGGCGACGCGCUCCAACCGCAAGCGCCGUUUCCAGCGCGUGUGGGAGUACUGCUCCAAGAUCAACAUUUGUGAGGCGGACGAAGGCAAGGAGGAGGAUGAGCUGGGCGACGUCGCCGAGACCAAGGUCGGCCACGGCGGCUGUGGCCGGCUCCAGCCGGCGAUCCGCAAAGAGGCGCUGAAGCUCUUUAGCGUGUGGCGCCAAAGCAAGGACGAGGACGACGAGGGUGGUGCCUCGCGUAUGACACAGUCCGAGCGGCGCCCGCUUCCGGCCUCGGAAGUGCAUACGAUCCUGAAAAAGAUCUCGCCCGAGGACGUCGUGACGCUCGGCCUGUCGGAGGAAUUUGCCGAGCCCGACUGGAUGGUCCUCACCGUGCUCCCGGUGCCCCCGCCCCAGGUGCGCCCGGGCGUGACCGAGUUCGGGAGCGGCAUGGGCCAGGACGAUCUCACGUACAAGCUGGCCGAUAUCAUCAAGGCCAGCUCGAACCUGAACCGCAUGGAGCAGGAAGGCGCCCCGUCGCACAUUCUGAACGACUUUGCUGACCUCUUGCAGUACCAUGUGGCGACGUACAUGGACAACGACAUUGCGGGUCUGCCGCAGUCCUUGCAGUCGUCCGGUCGCCCGGUCAAGGCGAUCCGCGCACGUCUCAAGGGCAAAGAGGGCCGUCUGCGUGGUAAUCUGAUGGGCAAGCGUGUCGACUUCUCUGCACGUACCGUCAUUACCGGUGACCCCAACUUGGAGCUGGACCAGGUCGGCGUGCCGCGCAGCAUCGCCCGGAACCUGACCUACCCCGAGCGUGUCACGCCGUACAACCGUGCCUACCUCUCUGAGCUGGUGCGCAACGGCCCCAACGAAUACCCCGGUGCCCGCUAUGUCAUCCGUGACACUGGCGAGCGUAUCGACCUAAAGUACAACCGCCGCGGCGACAUUGCGCUUCAGGCGGGCUGGAUCGUCGAGCGCCACCUGCGGGAUGGUGACUACGUUCUCUUCAACCGUCAGCCCAGUCUGCACAAGAUGAGUAUGAUGGCGCACCGCGUCAAGCUGAUGGACUACUCGACCUUCCGCUUGAACCUGAGUGUCACGCCGCCGUACAACGCCGACUUUGACGGUGACGAGAUGAACUUGCACGUUCCCCAGAGCGAAGAAGCGCGUGCAGAGCUUGCGCAGAUCGCAUGGGUGCCCCGCCAGAUUGUGUCGCCGCAGGCGAACAAGCCGGUGAUGGGCAUUGUACAGGACACCCUGUGUGGUAUCCGCAAGUUUACGCUGCGCGACUGCCUGCUCGACUUUGACCAGGUACAAAACAUCCUGCUCUGGGUGCCGGACUGGGACGGUGUGAUUCCCCAGCCGUGCAUCUUGAAGCCGAAGCCCUACUGGUCCGGCAAGCAGCUCCUGUCGAUGUGCAUUCCAAAAGGAAUCAAUGUUUUCCUUGGCGAUGCCAAGGCGGCCGCCAACAACUUCUUAAAAGACGACGGUGUGCACAUCGAAAACGGCGAGAUCAUGUACGGUGUGAUCAACAAAAAGGUGGUCGGCUCCACCGCCGGUGGUUUGAUUCACAUCAUCUUCCGCGAGCGGGGCCCGGUGGUGUGCCGCGACUUCUUUGGCGGUGUGCAGCGCAUCGUGAACUACUGGCUGCUGCACAAUGGCUUCUCGAUUGGUAUUGGUGACACGGUGGCCGACAAGGCGACCACCGCCAACAUCAACCUGACCAUUGCCAAGGCCAAGGAGGACGUCAUGGAACUGAUUCAAGCCGCGCGCCACGACUGGCUCAAGGCCGACCCGGGUAUGACGCUCCGUGAGUCGUUCGAGGCGAACGUCAACCGUGUCCUGAACAAGGCGCGUGACGACGUCGGUUCGCACGCCGAGCAAAACUUGCCGGACUACAACAACGUCAAGCAGAUGGUGAUUGCGGGCUCCAAGGGUUCGUUCAUCAACAUUUCGCAGAUGUCGGCGUGUGUCGGCCAGCAGUCGGUCGAGGGUAAGCGUAUUCCGUUUGGUUUCCGCCACCGCAGUCUGCCGCACUUUACCAAGGACGACUUCACGCCCGAGAGCCGUGGUUUCGUGGAAAACUCGUACCUGCGUGGCCUCACCGCGCACGAGUUCUUCUUCCACGCCAUGGCCGGUCGCGAAGGUCUGAUUGAUACCGCGGUCAAGACGGCCGAGACGGGUUACAUCCAGCGCCGUCUCGUCAAGGCACUUGAGGACGUGACGAUCUGCUACGACGGCACCGUGCGCAACUCGACCAACAGUGUGAUCGAGUUUGCCUACGGCGAGGACGGUAUCGACGGUGCGCAGGUCGAGCGCCAAAAGCUCAUUACGCACGGCCUGUCGGAUGACGAGUUCCGCCGCCGCUUCCGUGUGGACCUCGCCAAGGGCGGCUUCAAAAAGGGCACGCUCCGUGCCGGCCUCGGCGACUGGUCGCCCGAGCUCGAGCAGCUCUUGGACGACGAGUUUGCGCAGCUCGAGCAGGACCGCCUUACGCUGCGCACCGAGGUCUUUAGCACGGACCGUGUGGACACCUAUCUGCCGCUGAACAUUGCGCGUCUUGUGUUGAACGCGCAGCAGAUCUUCCACAUCGACCCGCGCAAGCCGAGCGAUUUGUCGCCGUUUGAGGUUGUCGACGGUCUGCGCCAUGUGCUGGACCGCCUGACGGUCGUCCGCGGCUCCGACACCAUUUCGCGUUCGAUGCAGGAGAAUGCGACGCUUCUGUUCAAGAUCCACGUCCGCUCCUUCCUCUGCUCGAAGCAGGCGAUCGAAGUGCACCACCUCUCGCGCGAGGCGUGGGAGUGGGUCAUGGGCGAGAUCGAGGGCCAGUUUGCGCGCAGUAUUGCGCAGCCGGGCGAGAUGUGCGGUACGCUUGCUGCGCAGAGUAUCGGUGAGCCGGCGACGCAGAUGACGCUCAACACCUUCCACUAUGCUGGUGUCUCGAGUAAGAACGUCACGCUCGGUGUGCCCCGUCUCAAGGAGAUUAUCAACUGUGCGGAGAACAUCAAGACGCCGUCGGUCACCGUGUACCUCGACCCGAAGUACAGCGUCUCGUCCGAGUCGGCCAAGGUGAUCCAGACGGCGCUUGCGUACACUACGCUGCAGACCGUUACGUCGGCGGUCGAGGUCUUUUACGACCCCGACCCCAGCUCGACGGUGAUCCCCGAGGACCGCGAGUUUGUUGAUGCCUUCUUUGCGAUUCCCGACGAGGAGGUCGAGGCGAGCCUCGAGCGCCAGUCGCCGUGGCUUUUGCGUCUUGUGCUGGACCGCGCGCAGAUGCUCGACAAGAACCUGACGAUGGCCGAGGUUGCGUCCAAGAUCGGCGCCAUGUUUGGCCGCGAUAUCUUUGUGAUGCACUCGGAAGACAACGCCGAGGAGCUGGUUCUCCGUAUCCGUAUCGUCGACAACGAUCCGGACAAGGAGGUGCAGGGCGAGGAGGACAUCUUCCUCAAGAGCCUUGCGCAGCAGAUGCUCACCGACAUUGCGCUGAAGGGUGUGCCCGGCAUCUCCAAGGUGUUCAUCGUGAAGCAGGACAAGUCGACGCGCCGCUUCGACACGGUCACCGGCGAGUGGAACACGGUGAAGGAGUAUGUGCUCGAGACCGACGGCACGAACCUCAAGGACGUGCUGGCGGUUGACGGUGUGGAUGUCUCGCGCACGCUCUCGAACAACUGCGUGGAAGUCUUCCGCGUGUUUGGUAUCGAGGCCGCGCGUGGCUCGCUCCUCAAGGAGAUCCGUAAUGUGAUUGAGUUCGACGGUUCCUACGUCAACUACCGUCACUUGGCGCUCCUGGUGGACAUUAUGACGUCGCAAGGCGCGCUGAUGGCCAUCACCCGUCACGGUAUCAACCGCACGAACCAGGGCGCGCUCAUGCGCUGUACCUUUGAGGAGACUGUCGAGAUCCUGAUGGAGGCCGCGUCGAUGGGCGACCUGGACGACUGCAAGGGUGUCGGCCAAAAUGUGCUGCUCGGCCAGAUGGCGCCGAUGGGCACGGGUUCCUUUGACCUGAACUUGGACGUGGACAUGCUCAAGGACGUCAUUGUGAACCGCAACCAGCCCUACGCGAACUUGUACGCCUCCAAGCUCGGCAUGGAUGACGACGGCGGCAAGACGCCGGGCGGCAUGACGCCGUACGACGCGUCCUCGCCGAACGUCGACGACUUCCGUGUCCAGCAGCAGGCCAUGUUCUCGCCGCUCGUCCAGGUCGGCGGCGACGAAGGCGGCUACGGCGACUACCUCGCUGCAGGCCGCUCGCCGAUGCGCACGCCGCUCGGCGCACAGAGCCCGGGAUACGGAUACGCCCCGACCUCGCCGGGGUACGUCCCAACGUCGCCCGCGUACAACGCCACGUCGCCCGCGUACGGCGGCAUGGGCGGCAUGAGCCCGUGGGUGGGUGGCGGCGGCGCAACGUCGCCGGCGUACUCGCCGACCUCGCCGCAGAUCUUUGCGGGUGCUACGUCGCCGGCGUACUCGCCGACGUCCCCGAGUUACUCGCCGUCGUCGCCUGCGAUGGGCGUUACAGGCAACACGCGCAGUUCCUACACUUCGCGCAUGUCGCCUGCGAGCCCCGCGUACUCGCCGACGUCGCCCGUGUACUCGCCGACGUCGCCUGCCUACUCGCCGACGUCCCCGGCCGGACCGCGGGGUGCGCGUCGCCCGGGUGCGGGGCCGAAGUACUCGCCGACUUCGCCGCAGUACUCGCCGACCUCGCCACAGUACUCGCCGACGUCUCCGCAAUACUCGCCGACGUCUCCACAGUACUCGCCGACGUCUCCGCAGUACUCGCCGACGUCUCCGCAGUACUCGCCGACGUCCCCGCAGUACUCGCCGACGUCCCCACAGUACUCGCCGACCUCGCCGCAGUACUCGCCGACCUCUCCGCAAUACUCGCCGACCUCUCCGCAGUACUCGCCGACGUCCCCGCAAUACUCGCCGACCUCGCCUCAGUAUUCGCCUACGUCCCCGCAGUACUCGCCGACGUCUCCGCAGUAUUCGCCGACGUCCCCGCAGUACUCGCCGGGCGGUGCACCGGGCGGUGCGGCCUCCCCACGCCGCAGUCGCAUGGGCAGCAAACCUACGUGGCAGCGUUAA